GACCCGCAGCGACUCCGCAGGGACUGCGCUCCCGUGCCCCUAGCGCUCCCGCGCUGCUGCUCCAGCCGCCCGGCAGCUCUGAGGAUGGAGAGGAGGGCGCGGAGCUCCUCCAGGGAGUCCCGCGGGCGAGGCGGCAGGACUCCGCACAAGGAGAGCAAGAGGGCGAAGUCUGAGAGGAGCGGCGGAGGCCGCGGGCACCAGGAGGCUGGGCCCGAGCCGUCGGGCUUAGGACGGGCGGGGACCCCGGGGGAGCCCCGAGCGCCCGCCGCCACAGUGGUGGACGUGGAUGAGGUCCGGGGCUCCGGCGAGGAGGGCACCGAGGUCGUGGCGCUGUUGGAGAGCGAGCGGCCCGAGGAAGGUACCAAAUCCUCCGGAUUAGGGGCCUGUGAGUGGCUUCUUGUCCUCAUUUCCCUGCUCUUCAUCAUCAUGACCUUCCCUUUUUCCAUCUGGUUCUGCAUAAAGGUUGUACAAGAGUAUGAAAGAGUAAUUAUAUUCCGACUGGGACAUCUGCUUCCUGGAAGAGCCAAAGGCCCUGGUCUUUUCUUUUUUUUGCCCUGCCUGGAUACCUAUCACAAGGUUGACCUUCGUCUCCAAACUCUGGAGAUACCUUUUCAUGAGAUUGUGACCAAAGACAUGUUUAUAAUGGAGAUAGACGCCAUUUGCUACUACCGAAUGGAAAAUGCCUCUCUUCUCCUAAGCAGUCUUGCUCACGUUUCUAAAGCUGUGCAAUUCCUUGUGCAAACCACCAUGAAGCGUCUCCUAGCACAUCGAUCCCUCACUGAAAUUCUUCUAGAGAGGAAGAGCAUCGCCCAAGAUACAAAGGUUGCCUUGGAUUCAGUGACCUGUAUUUGGGGAAUCAAAGUGGAGAGAAUAGAAAUUAAAGAUGUGAGGCUGCCAGCUGGGCUUCAGCACUCACUGGCUGUGGAGGCUGAAGCGCAAAGACAAGCCAAAGUGCGGAUGAUCGCUGCAGAAGGGGAAAAGGCUGCUUCUGAGUCCCUGAGGAUGGCAGCUGAGAUUCUGUCAGGCACCCCUGCUGCUGUUCAGCUUCGAUACCUCCACACCCUUCAGUCUCUGUCCACAGAGAAGCCUUCCACUGUGGUUUUACCUUUGCCAUUUGACCUACUGAAUUGCCUGUCUUCUCCCAGCAACAGAACUCAGGGAAGCCUCCCCUUCCCAAGUCUUUCCAAACCUGUUGAGCCACUAAAUCCUAAAAAGAAAGACUCUCCCAUGUUAUAGGAAGGAUGAGGCAUAAUGUGACUGUAAAGGGGCCUGCCAUAGAAAAGCCACAUCCCUGAGGGAGGCAUUCUGUCCUCAUUCCCUGCCCUUCCUUUGGUUGCCAUACGGAAUGGCCAUGGAAUGCACGAAGACACAAUGCACCAUCCAUGAGAAGACAGUGAAAUGAUGUAAUGACAGAGAAGGCAGACAACACAUUUCCAUGACUCAUCUAGUCAGAGCAAUUAUGGGAAACAGCUUUGGUCAACAUUCUACUUUGGAAAAAAUUUUGAGUCUAGAUGUGGUUAAAUUUUGACUUCUGGGAACUUAGUUCAGAUGUCCCUUUCACUGUAUGUCCUCUGGCCCCUUUGGCAAGGUUGCCACAGCUCCCACAGCCCUUCCUACAAGCACCUAUCAUUGGGCUUGUCACACUCUAUUGCUCUUCUGUCCUGAAGAUGCGGUCUUCUCUCCAACGAUACUACCAAUUCUUCAAAGGCACGUCUUAGUUUUCCUCAACCACACUCAAUCUUUUUGCUCCACCCUGAAUUCCUCACACCUAACCCUGAUAGUUACCUAAAGUGACACUUAUAUGUUUCAGAGUGAAUGCAAAAAAGAGAGAUGUACUUGGAGUCGGAUAUACAAUUUAUCCCUAAUUAAAGCAUUUAAAAGAAA